AUGGAUAAGGUGAAAAUUCUGGUUAUUGAGAAACUACUACCACCUACAUCAGUAAAAGGAGUUCGAAGCUUCCUUGGGCGUGCAGGGUUUUACAGGAGGUUUAUAAAGGACUUCUCGAAAAUCACCAAGCCUCUGUGCAACUUGCUAAUGAAAGAGGUAUCUUUUGAGUUUAAUGAGGAAUGUUUGAUAGCAUUCAAUAUGUUGAAGCAAAAACUAACAACAGCGCUUGUGAUUGUGUCACCUGAUUGGGAUUUGCCCUUUGAGCUAAUGUGCGAUGCGAGUGAUCAUUCAGUUGGUGCGUCCAUUCCUCCACCCGAGUAUUCUAGCCAUCAAAGAAAGAAGUUUUUCGUAGAGUUGAAGUAUUACUUUUGGGAGGAUCCCAUUCUCUACAGAAGAGGCGCAGAUCAGAUAGUCAGAAGAUGCAUUCCUGAAGAUGAAGUAUCGAAAAUUCUAGCGCAUUGUCACUCUUCUGCAUAUGCUGGGCAUUUUGGAGCUUCAAAGAUUGCUGUAAAGAUCCUACACUCGGGUUUCUAUUGGCCUACUUUAUUCAGAGACACAUUCGAGUACGUGAAGAGAUACUUUGUGGGACCUUUUUCCCCAUCGUACUCAAAUCAAUACAUCUUGGUGGUCAUUGACUAUGUCUCUAAGUGGGUGGAAGCUAUUGCAUUACCUACCAAUGACGCAAAAGUGCCGUUGAACAAAUAUGGGGUGAAACAUAAAGUAGAAACUCCAUAUCAUCCACAAAUCAAUGGGCAAGUUGAAGUUUCGAACAGGCAGUUAAAGAGAAUACUGGAAGUUACAGUGAACUCAUCCCGAAAAGAUUAG